CGGAGAUUUUGGAUAUAGUUUUACCCUGUUUGCACAGAACAGAGAAUGUUGACUUCUAAAUCUACCGAGUUUUCUAUAGAUUCACUCCUUGGCAUCAAAGACAAGAAACGUUAUUCCGAAGAAAAAGGAAAGUUUGCAAACAAUGAUACUGAGAGGCAGAUAAAAGGUGCAGACAAAACGUUGAAUGAAAGGAAUCAAGACUCAUACAAAAUCUACCAUGAAAGUAUUUUGUACCCUGUUUCUAAGCCUGCAAUAGUGGACAAUUUGUGUUUUUCGGAUAAGAAAGCAGUUGAAAAUGACAUAAGUUCAGGUAAUUUAAUUUUUGAUCGUCACAGGGAUUUACUUUUGCAAAGACAGAGUGAAUAUUUAGGACAGAUUGCUGUUAGACACUGGAUGCCUCAUCGCCUUCAGGGUCAAGUGUCCUCGUGGCCUUAUCCUCCUCCCCACCAUGGAACAUUCACACGGUGUAUAGAUCCGUCUUUUUUGAUACCAAAUUUGCGGAAAUCUAAGCGGAUUCGGACAGCUUUCUCUCCGACACAGCUUUUGCAGUUAGAACACGCCUUUGAGAAAAACCACUACGUUGUAGGACAAGAAAGAAAAGAACUUGCUCGUAAUCUGAGACUCAGUGAAACACAGGUAAAAGUAUGGUUUCAGAAUAGAAGAACAAAGUUUAAGCGAGUUAAGGCGGAAGAGGAUAUGACAAAGUCACACUCCAAAAAGUUAGGUCACUCAAAAAAGAAUCCAUCGACGGAAAAACACAACCAAGACAGUUUUGAAUCCUCAUCAGAGGAAAGUGAUAUCGAAGUCUAGAUACAUAUAUACAUAUCACUAGUGUUAUGAUCAGUAUUUCUACUUUAUUUUUGUUUCUAUUUGUAUAAUUAUUGCUGUGAA